CCUCUCUCCAAUCCGACUCCUCUCCCUCUCGGACUCUCUCACAGCUCCUUCACUCCUCCUCACAUCCACACCUCGUCGCCUCUCGCCACAAUGCGCCUUACGACUCUCAUCUCCUCCUUCUUCCUCGCCGCUGUCGCCCUCGCUGCCGCCGUCCCCGUCCCUCAGCCGCAGGGGCGCGCGCUCACCAAUGCCCAGGCUCUCGCCCGCGGCCUGCCUCUCAAAAAGCCCCGUGUUUGCGACGCCGCUUGCAAGGCCAACCGACUCGCACGCCGCUCCAAGCCCUCGCACACCUCUCUUCCCGCUCGCAGCGUUCAGUUCCGCAAGACCUGUGCCGACGUGACCUACAACUUCGCCGGAAGCGGCGCCAUCAUGACGGGCACCUGCGCGGACUCGUUCGGGAAUGUCUUCACCACUUCGCUCGACCUCAACAACUGCAUCACGCCCAACAAGGGUACUCUCAUGUGCAUGCCUAGUGGAUUCACCACCACUGGAGGAUGCACUGCGUGCUCGGUCGACGGCGAGACGCUCAACUGCAUGUGCCCCAACUCGAAAGGCGUCCUCACCAAGGCUUCGCUCAACCUCAACGCCUGCAUCGGAAACAAGGAGGGCCAACUCUACUGCAACAAGCACGAAGACUAAGAGGUUCAGUGGAUGGCCGGCUCUCACUCGCUGUUCGACUGAGCAAUUGCGGCCUUAUCUCACCUCAUCAGGACUCCAAUAGACACUAUAAUCCGGACAUUUCAUCGGUUUCACUCUGUACUCGCCUUCACGCAAACUGUCCUUAAUAGAUGCAUACAGUGAAAGGC